AUGAAACAACAGCAGCAGUACGAACCCAAUUCCCAUGUAGCUACUCAAUCUCUUCACCAAGAGCAUCCAGGAAAGGAGUCACCGCUACCACAAACACUCCAAGUAUGUUCCCAACCAAUGAACGAUUCUUCGGUUGUUCCCUCUAACAAAGGAGAAUCAUCCACAAAGGUAUUGGACGACAAAGCGUACCGAGAGAAUUGCCCUUUAAGUGAAUUCACCCACGAUGAAGCUUGCAUCUUACUAGUGAAAAUUAAUGGAAUUCAUGAUCUUGUAGAUUCACUAAUGUCGAACGAUCAACUUCAUAAUAGUACCAAUGAGCCGAGGGACGAUUCGACUGAACGAUGGAACAGAGGAGCAACCCUCUCGUCCCAUAAUUCUGCACUACAUCACAAUAACAAUAUUUUCAGUCAUGUGACACCUACUCAACCAAAGAAUUCUUUAGUCCAACACCACACCUCACACCUAGAAUCAAGCCGACGGUCUCAACAAGUGCAACAUGUGUGCAAGAGCAUUUCUAAUAUUUAUACUGUUCUCAUAAGCAUCAUUUACAGUCUUGGUGGUGAUUUGGAGCGAUUUGAUCCUGAAGAACUUGUAUGUCAGUUUCAUUCGCCUCAAAUUGACCCCACGAGAUCGAUUAACGAAUCUCUUCUUUCAGCCAUUGAGUGUGGAUUAAGAAUUCAAAAAACAGAUCUCUCAAAAACGUUUAAAUCUUUGCAAAAUAGAAAACUCGAGGUUCGUUGUAUUGUCACAUUUGGUCCUGUGAAAGCGUAUCAUGUAGGUGGCCACAAGAAUCGCUGGUUUAGGCUCUUCACAGGCAGUGCUUUCAAUGAAGCCAAUGAAAAGAUCCAACAAUGCAAAGCAGGUCAAGUGGUGUUCACUCGCUCUGUGUACAAUCGUGUCAAGCAAAGCGUUCUUACCGUUGGUGAUAAGGAGUUGUCCACUAAAGGCGUAGUGGUUGCAGAUAUGGUUAAAAAAGAGGUAGCACAGAGCGGAGUUCAAAACAUUACGUUCCAUGCAUCCUUUGGACGAAUUAUCAAAAUGUUUAUUCCACCUCUAUUAUCGAAAGCUACAACAGAUGAGGAGCGAAUUGACUAUAUGCCUGAUCUUGUUUGUUCCUUGAAAAUUGGCCAAAACAACCUCAUGACCUCUCCAGAGGAUUCUGAUCUUCAAUUGACAGGUCGUCAUGAAUUAGUCCGAAUUGUACAUCAAGCAAUGGGUAAAUACGAUCAAAAAGAGCUAUGUAAAAUGUUUGAAGAUACUCAGCAUACGAUAACAGUGAUAUUUUCAUUUGCAAUAGGAAAGAUGAAAGAGUAUGAGACCUUAUUUGACAUGCUGAACGAGAUUGCACAACAAGUGGACACUAUUGGAAUUGGAAUUUCUUUUGGUUAUUGUUUAAGAAUUGCAAAUUUUGGAUCUGAAAUACGAAGAGAUUUUGGCCUAUUUGGACGAGUGGCAAACACUUCUUUGCAACUCAUGAGAGAAUCGUACUCGAAUUAUGAAAGUUACAUAUUAUGCGAGCCACAGGUUGCAGAACUAGUUUUUCACAAUUAUGAAAAGGAAAUUAUUACAAUUAACGAUGAGAAGUACGUCAAGCUGUUAAAGAGCUUGCGUAAUAACGAUGUUACGGCAAGUGUCACAGGAGAAAACGCCGAGCAAAUAUCUCUUAACUUUUCUAUAAGCGGUUUACGUAAGGAGCAUGAAACCAAUGUCAGAACAAGUAGACAGCUGUUUAUGGAAGAAGUAGAUACUAUGAUUUCUCAAUUAAUAUCACUCAAAGGGUGUGAAGUUAACAAAAGUAUUGAAAAGAAUAAGGUUAUUGUGAUUAAGGGAGAAAAAGGAUUAGGUAAAACAUAUGUACUACGCAAGAUAUUGGAAAAAUGGAAAAACAAGAUUGUAUGUUUGACCAACAACUCUAAAUUCUGCUUAGCAAAGCCAUGUUCGUUAUUUCAUGAAAAUUUGAAAAUGAUCGUGACAGAAUUCUUUCUAAGGCAACUAGGGAUUGAUUUGGAUUAUACUUGUUUCGAUGCUGUAUAUAGUACACUAUCAUCGGAUCAAAAACAACAAGUGGUGUCAAGUGUUAUUAAGAACGAUCAAGAAUUUGAAACGUUGGCUAAAUAUUGUUUUUUAUUGAACCCAAUUUUAGGCAUUCAUUUUCGUACCAGUGAGGCAGUGGAUAGUUUAGAUGAGUCUACAACAAUUCGAAAAGCCUCACAACUUGUAAGCAAAAUUCUACUACGUGGAUGGAAACAUCUUGGAUAUUCCAACCAAGAACCAUGGUUAUUAUUUUGUGACGACAUCCAUUUAUAUGAUCCCUAUUCGAGAGGAGUACUAGAGUAUUUGUUCAAGUUCGCUCACACCGAAGGAAUGAGUCCUGGUCUAUUGUUCAUCACCAUGAAUUUAACUCAAGAGGUUGUCCCGAGUCUUCAUGAUGAUGCAAUCAUGAUGGAACUUCAAAGUAUUCACUCCAACGAGGAAGAUUCCUUGAAUGAGCUUCAGCAAUGGUGUGAGGUGUCCACUCUUACAUUGGAGUUACCUAGUUUGUCGAAAGAAAUGGUAGAAAAUUGUAUAUUUGAAAUGACCACGUCCGAAGAUUGUUAUUCGUAUUUGACACCAAAUUGUGAAGGAGUGGAAGCUUGCUUAACACAGUUUAUUUUCGAGAAAACUGAAGGAAAUGCUCUAUCCAUCUCUCUACUAUUACUUUUUUUAAAUGACAUGAAGUUAUUAAGGGUAAAUGACAAAAAUAUGCUUGACUUUGACCGGAGCUUUUCUGUGUCUCAAUUACAUUUACCACAAACACACUCAGAAUAUUAUUCGCGUCAACUUCAACAGCUAGUUCAUGAGAAACAACUUGUAUUGGAAGUGGCUGCGCUGAACGGUGGCUAUUUUGAUUUGAAAACGAUCGUCAAGGGAGCAACUUGUCUGGACUCGACAAUUACACCAGAGAGAAUUAGAGCCGUUCUUUGUGAAUUGGUUCAUACGCAUGGUAUCUUGGAAGUGGUAGAGCAGUUUCGCUUUCAACAAUGCCGUAAUAGGCAUGAAGAGACUUUUUACACAUUCAAAAAUCGUGGCCUGCAAACAUAUCUCAAAGAUGUGCUGUAG